CUCGAAAGCGCGGUGUUUCGAGUACCGCGACAAGCUGGUCCGCCAUGCCUUCGUACGACAAGCCGACCUGCCCUUCGUACGACAAGCCGACCUGCCCACAGCCCACCAAGCACUACCUCAUCAAAAAGAAAUCCCGCGGCGUCAAGGACGAUGGCGCCCUCGUGAAGCUCGGAGACGUCGAUCUCGCGGGAAAGGUGCAGAUCCGGAACCUACUGGGCAAGGUUGAGGAGGGGACAAAGAAGAUCACAGAAGCUGUGACCGACAUGCUCGGAGACUCGCUCGGCGGCCUGAUCGACAACAUCCUCAAGAAGGUCUUUUCCGGCGAGUCGUCGCUCGACAAGGUCAAGAAGCUCGUCACCUCGCUGGUGAGCUGCGGCGGCCUCUGGAACGCGCUCGAGGCCUUCUUCAGCCGCAUCGCCUGCGCGGUGGGCACCACCCUCAAGACGGUCAUCGUCGCCGUCAAGUGCCUCAUCGAGGAUGGCAAGUGCCCCAAGAAGUGGGAAAGGAUCAUCGAGGCCAUCGAGAAGCGGGUACCCGAGUUCCUCAGCUGCAUCAAGAACAGCCUCACGGCCCUCUUCGAGGCCUUGUUCGGCGGCGCCACCGAACUGCUCGGUAAGAUCAAGCACGCGAUCGCUGGCAUCUGGCCCGACGGGUGCGGCUGCCCGCACGGCGGUCUGGCCGGCAUCUUCGGCAAGAUCUUUGCGCUCGCCGGCGCCGUCUUCGGGGCCCUCCAGACCGUGCUCGGCUCGCUGCCCGGCCUGGUCGUCGGCAUCCUGCAGGCGACCGGCGACCUCGUCAAGAACAUCUUCGAGGGGAAGCUCUUCAGCUCCGUCG